AUGGCCCAGGCUAGCAUACUUAUCUUAAUUUCCUUUCUCAACUUCUCCCUAUCAUGCCCACUCCCAAACACACCUGGCGAGCACCCCUACACUCCGAGCCACCUUUCCCACUCUUGCCGUCCCGUGGAGUGGCCCAGUCCGGGCGUUCUACCGGCGAAAUACGCCUUGAUACAGUCAGACUGGGGGUUGUGGAGAGGGGGUCGAGGUGGCACUGUGCCCGUCCCAAAUCCCCUCUGCUCUUCCAUCCACCACACUUUUCCCUUUGGCCGGAGUCAUGUCGACCGCUCACGGUCGAUUGGCUCGGCUGGUAGUUGUCCUGACAGACAGGCAAUCAGGCGGGCAGGUAUCUGCGUUUGGGGGCGCCACCUUUUGGGGGCUGCACAUCCACUCGCUUUUGACGGCCUGGCUGUCAAGAUAAGCCAGACAGGGAGUACAGAGUUCGUGCUGCUUGAACCGUUGGCACAGCCCACUCAAUUUGCCAGGCUAAAAUGGGCUUGA